UCUAGGCUGCCUGGGGAAUCUCUGGUCAAUUAUUGAAGGACUGGGAUCCAACCCAGAAAAGGGGAGACUUUCCCCUCUGUUUGGAAGGCCAACUCACUCCUUCUUCCUCCUAGCUCUCCCAAAGGCCUGGGACCUUAGGAAAUGUCCUUGCUCCCUCCAACCCCGAGGCUCCUGGCACUAGGCCUUGCCCGAAGGUUCAGGAAGCCUAGGGGCAUUGUCUUGGCCUCCUCCAGGCCAGGACCCCUUUAUCUUCCCGUAACUACGCUCCUACCGGGAGCCGUGGCCCUUCCCCCACAGCCUGCUCAGUCACUCUCAGGUUCGGGCUAGUCUGGGGCGGAGACUUGGGAGAGCCCGACAUUUGUGAGAAGGGCGGAGACCCAGACCCAUCUUUAAAGGUCCGGAACUGGCCCUAAGGCGCCACAACACACGACGGCGGACCUGACAAGCGCAGGACCCGUCUCCCCGUCGCCUAGGCUGCCGAGAGCCCGCCAUGGGUCGCUACCUCAUCCGCGUGGCCACUGGGGCCUGGCUCUUCUCAGGAUCGCACAACCGCGUGCAGCUGUGGCUGGUUGGGGUGCUCGGGGAGGCUGAGCUGGAGCUGCAGCUGCGGCCCACGCGGGGCCAGGAGGAAGAGUUUGAGCACGAGGUUCCCGAGGACUUGGGGCCACUGCAGUUCGUGAAGUUGCGCAAACACCACUCCCUGGUGGACAACGCGUGGUUCUGCGACCGCAUCACAGUGCAGGGCCCCGGAGCCUGUCUGGAGGCCGCCUUCCCGUGCUACCGCUGGGUGCAGGGCGAGGGCGUGCUGAGCCUGCCCGAGGGCACCGCCCGCCUGGCAGGAGACAAUGCACAGGAUAUGUUCCAGAAGCAUCGAGAGAAGGAACUGAAGGAAAGACGACAGACAUACUGCUGGGCCACCUGGAAGGAAGGGUUACCCCUGACAAUAGCUGCAGGCUGUGAGAAUGAUCUACCUCUAAAUAUGAGAUUCCACGAGGGGAAGAAGCUGGACUUUGAAUGGUCGCUGAAGACAAGGGCAAUGGAGAUGGUCCUCAAGCGUGUUUACACUCUCCUGAGCUCCUGGAAACACCUAGAGGAUUUUGAUCAGAUCUUCUGGGGUCAAAAGAGCACCCUGGCUGAGAAGGUUCACCAGUGCUGGCAGGAUGAUGAGCUUUUUGGCUACCAGUUCCUCAAUGGUGCCAACCCCAUGCUGUUGAGACGCUCCACCUGUCUGCCCUCCCGGCUAGUGCUGCCCUUGGGGAUGGAGGAGCUUCAGGCCCAGUUGGAGAAAGAACUCCAGAACAGUUCCCUGUUUGAAGCUGACUUUAUCCUACUGGAUGGAAUUCCAGCCAAUGUGAUCAGAGGAGAGAAGCAGUACCUGGCUGCCCCCCUCGUCAUGCUGAAGAUGGAACCCAGUGGGAAGCUGCUACCCAUGGUCAUCCAGAUCCAGCCUCCCAACCCCAGCUUUCCCACCCCGCCACUGUUCCUGCCCUCAGAUCCUCCACUUGCCUGGCUCCUGGCAAAGUCUUGGGUCCGAAAUUCAGAUUUCCAAUUGCAUCAGCUCCAAUACCAUCUGCUGAACACUCAUCUAGUGGCUGAAGUUGUCGCUGUCGCCACCAUGAGGUGUCUCCCAGAACUGCAUCCUGUCUUCAAGCUCCUGAUCCCACACACCCGCUACACCAUGGAGAUCAACACCCGGGCAAGGACUCAGCUCAUCUCAGACGGAGGUAUAUUUGAUAAGGGGGUGAGCACAGGUGGAGGGGGCCAUAUGCAGUUGCUCCGUCGGGCCAUGGCUCACCUGACCUACUGUUCCCUCUGUCCUCCUGAUGAUCUGGCUGACCGUGGCCUGCUGGGACUCCCAAGUGCCCUCUAUGCCCAGGAUGCUUUACGGCUCUGGGAGAUCAUUGCCCGGUGGGUGAGAGUGGGAGCUGAGAAAUGGAGGGGUAUUGGGGAGAGGGGAGGCUUUGGCGUGAGUUCAGGUUUCCCUGUCUCUUUCCAGUCCCAGAAUCAACUCUGCCAUUUCCUCACCAUGUGUGUCUUCACAUGCACUGCCCAGCAUGGGGCCAUCAACCAGGGCCAGCUGGACUGGUAUGCCUGGGUCCCUAAUGCCCCAUGCACAAUGCGGAUGCCCCCACCCACCACCAAGGAAGACGUGACAAUGGCCACAGUGAUGGGCUCACUACCUGAUGUCCAACAGGCCUGUCUUCAAAUGACCAUCACAUGGCAUCUGGGUCGACGCCAGCCAGAUAUGGUGCCUCUCGGGCAUCACAAAGAAAAGUAUUUCUCUAGUGACAAGGCCAAGGCUGUACUAAACCAAUUCCAAACAGAUCUGGAAGACCUGGAAAGGGAAAUUACAGCCCGGAAUGAGCAACUUGACCUGCCCUAUGAGUACUUGAAGCCAAGCCACAUAGAGAACAGUGUCACUAUCUGAGCUCAAAGGUACCCCCACGUGGAAAACUUCAGAUCAGCUCUACGAAUGACAUUUCCAUCUUGAAUUUCAUGGUUUCCUAAGUCUCUGCUGCUAGUGCUCUAUUUCCUCCCCCAACUAAAUCUCCUACAUCAGUAUCCCACUAGUCCAGGGGGGCAGCAAGCCUUUUCUGUAAAAGGUCAGAUAAUAAAAAUGUUAAGCUUUGUAGGCCACACCAUCUCUGUCACAACUACUCGACUCUCCCAUUGUAGUGAA